AUUUCUUGUGUCUCAAUGAUUUAUUCAAUUUUUAGCACGAAUUCAUCACAUCCUUUGAUAAUGUUUGAUAUAUCUACCACGUUAAUAACUUUCCUUAUGUUAAAUCAUUAUUUAGAAAAUAUGAUCAAAAGAAAAAGUUUGAAAUCUAUAGCAAGAUCAUUAUCCCUUAUUCCUGAAAUAACAACUAUUAUUUAUAUUAAUUCUAAAACUGGAGAAAUCACUGGAAAAAAGACCAUUCCAACAGAAUGUUUACAAGUAGGUGAUAUAGUAAAAAUUACACCAGGAACUAUUAUUCCUUCGGAUGGGAAAGUUAUAUCAGGAGUUUCUGACGUAGAUGAAUCAAUUAUAACUGGAAAAAAUAUUAUUAAUAAAGUAUUAAAAAAUGUUCGUCGUGGUGAUGAGGUUUUUGCUGGAACAAUUAAUGGAUCAGGAUACUUUGAAAUGCAAAUUGUACGCGUAGGAAAUGAUACUAUUUUAUCACAAAUUAUUAAAUCUGUUAAAGAAGCUCAAACGAAUAAAGCACCCAUUCAAUUAUUUGUGGAUAAAUGUAUAACUUAUUUUAUUCCUAUAAUUAUAUUAUUAGGAAUCAUUUCUUUUAUUUUAUGGGGAGAAUCAAGUAUCUCAAUUAUAAUUAUGGCUUGUCCUUAUAUAUUAACUUUAAGUAGUUCAAUAAUUGUUAUGA